GCCGCUUCAUCCAUCCGUUUGUUCUAAUUCUGGCUGAAGAAAGAGUGUCGAAACAGAGGAAAAACUCCUGGUGAAGCAACUGUGACACUGUUAUAAAGAUGGCGUUUAUUAAAGAGGAGAGUGGAGAAAUAAAGAUUGAAGAAGUAUUCAGUGUGAAACAAGAAGAAACUGAGGAACAAACAGGCCUGAUGCCACUGAAAGAGGAGAGUGAAAUCCUUAAUGAAAUGGAAGAGAAAGAUCAGUAUGAGAGAAACAAUGCUUUCAAAGCACGAGAAGAAAAAUCAUUUAGUUCCUCACAAACUGGAAAGACUUACUCACGAAAAGGAGCUAAGAAGACUGGAGCUGGAUUUAUUUUCACCUGCUUUGAGUGUGGAAUGGGUUUCAAUCAACCCGAAGACCUUCGAGUCCACUUGAGAAUCCACAAUGGAGAAAUGCCACUGAAAGAUGAGAGUGAAGUCCUGAUGGAAAUGGAAGAGAAACAUAAUGCUCUCAUAACUCGAGAAAUGCCACUGAAAGAGGAGGGUGAAAUCCUGAAUGAAAUGGAAGAGAAAGAUCAGUAUGAGAGAAACAAUGCUUUCAAAGCGCGAGAAGAAAAAUCAUGUAGUUCCUCGCAAAUUGAAAGGACUUCUGCACAAAAAAAAUCUCAGAAAACAGGAACUGGAUUUUUUUUCACCUGCUUGGAGUGUGGAACGGGUUUCAAUCAACCCGAAGACCUCCGAGUCCACAUGAGAAUCCACAAUGGAGAGAAUGCUUUCUCCUGCUUUGAGUGUGGAACGGGUUUCAAUAAACCUGAAGACCUUAGAGUCCACAUGAGAAUCCACAAUGAAGAGAAGCCUUUCACUUGCCAACAUUGUGGAAAGAGUUUUACUCAAAAAGGAAACCUUAAAGUCCACAUGGGAAUUCACGAUGAAAAGAAGCCUUACACUUGCCAAAAUUGUGGAAAGAGUUUCUCUCAUAAAGGAGCCCUUGCCAGGCACAUGAGAAUUCACACCGGAGAGAAGCCUUACAUUUGCAAACUGUGUGGAAAGUGUUUCACGGUAGCACUAAACCUUAAAUAUCACAUGUACAUUCACUGUGGAGAGAAGCCAUUCAGAUGUGAUCAGUGUGGAAAGAGUUUUAGCCGUAAACAAAACCUUAAUAACCACAUGAAGAUUCACUCAAGAGAGAACUGUUUUGAAUGUGAUCAGUGUGGAAGAGGUUUCAUUGAAAAAGGAUACCUUAAAAUCCACAUGAGAAUUCAUAGCGGAGAGAAGCCUUACACAUGCCCUCAGUGUGGACAAAGUUUCAGAUAUAAAAAUUCCCUUAAUGCCCACAUGAAAAGUCACACUGGAAAGAGUCCCUUCACUUGCAAACUGUGUGGGAAGGGCUUCACACGGGAGCAAAAUCUUCAAUAUCACAUGAACCGUCACACUGGAGAGAAGCCAUUCGCAUGUGAUCAGUGUGGAAAGACUUUCAGACGUCAAGCAACCCUUACUCUGCACACAAAGAUUCACUCAAAAGAGAACUGUUUUGAAUGUGAUCAGUGUGGAAGAGGUUUCACUGAAAAAGGAUACCUUAAAAUCCACAUGAGAAUUCAUAGCGGAGAGAAGCCUUACAAAUGUCCUCAGUGUGGACAAAGUUUCAGAUAUAAAAAUUCCCUUAAUGCCCACAUGAAAAGUCACACUGGAAAGAGUCCCUUCACUUGCAAACUGUGUGGGAAGGGCUUCGCACGGGAGCAAAAUCUUCAAUAUCACAUGAACCGUCACACUGGAGUGAGGCCAUUCACAUGUGAUCAGUGUGGAAGGAGUUUCAGACGUCAAGCAACUCUUACUCGGCACACAAGGCUUCACUUAACAGGGAACUGUUUCAUAUGUCAUGAGUGUGGAAGAUGUUGCCGUAGCCUUAAAAGCCUUAACAGGCAUCUUGCAUUUGGACACAACAGAACGAAGCCUUAUAAAUGCCCCCAGUGUGGAAAAAUGUUCCGAUUCAAAACAACCCUUAAGGAUCACUUGAGAGUUCACUCUGGAGAUAAGCCCUUCACCCGUCUUCAGCGGAAGAAGAGUUUCACAUGUCAAAGAGACCUAAAACUUAGUUUGCAAACUCAUUCUGGAAAGAAAAUGCAGUGUUUAGAGUGUGGCAAGAGGUUUACAAAAAAUAGCAAUUUUAGAAAUCAUCUGCUCAUCCACUCUAGUGGAAGAUCAUUUAAUUGUGAUCGGUGUCAUAAAGAAUUUCUUUUGCCAUCACACUUAAAAAUACAUAUGAAAAGUCAUGCAUAUGUGAGAACUUAUUCAUGUUCUUUUUGUGGGAAGCAUUUCAAAUGGCUUGGCAAUUUAAAAUGGCACCAGAAAAUACGGAUAUGCGUUAAAUUAAGGUUACGUUCACAUCGCAGCUGAAUGUGGGCCAAAUAUGAUUAUCUGCUCAAAUGCAUUUUUUUGUUUGUUUGUUUUUUUGCUAGGAUAUUCACUUGACCCUUAAAUGUGGCCUGUAUCAGUUGCUUUUCUCAACAGAUUUUUUUUGGUGGAUACUCACAAUAAAAACAAAGCAAAAUAAACAUGAUGCAUAUUUUGCCUUU